UCUUAACCAGGAAGUCCAGCCUGCCCUUCUUAGCCUUAGGAGAAAAUCACGUUACUUUUCACCGAAUUUUGGUAAUACAGUUGUUACUUUCACUCAUACAUUGUUCUGACAAUAACUCCAUUGUCAUUCAUAAAAAGGUUGAAUCUUGGUGGGUUUGUUGCUAACGUUCUCUUGACGCAGUUUUUUGUGUAACAAUUAUGGUGGAAGUAGGGGCCUCAAAAGCAGAUAAGACUGAGUUCACAGAAUGCUGGCGAACCGUAUGGACGACUCCCUAUAUUAUGAAGCUUGCUUUUGCAGCUGGCAUUGGAGGGCUGUUGUUUGGUUAUGAUACAGGAGUCAUAUCUGGUGCCCUUUUGUAUAUUAAAGAUGAUUUUGAAGCUGUUGAAAAGAAAACAUGGCUCCAGGAAACAAUUGUGAGUAUGGCUGUUGCAGGUGCUAUCUUUGGAGCUGCCAUUGGCGGAUGGAUCAACGACAUGUUUGGGAGAAGAAUGUCAAUUUUAGCAGCCGAUGUAUUAUUCUUCAUUGGUGCAAUUGUGAUGGCUGUUGCUCCAGCUCCCUGGAUGAUUAUUCUUGGAAGAGUACUGGUUGGUCUUGGAGUUGGAAUGGCUUCCAUGACUUCACCGCUUUACAUUUCAGAAGCAUCUCCUGCAAGAAUUAGAGGAGCAUUGGUUAGCACAAAUGGCUUGCUAAUUACAGGUGGCCAAUUUGUGUCCUACCUCGUCAAUCUAGCAUUAUCCAAGGCUCCUGGAACUUGGCGUUGGAUGCUCGGUGUUGCAGGGGUACCAGCUUUGAUUCAGUUUAUAUUGAUGCUCACCCUUCCUGAAUCUCCUAGAUACCUUUACAGAAAGGAACGUGAAGAAGAGGCAAGGGCCAUCCUGCAGAAAAUUUACUCUGCUAAUGAAGUUGAACAAGAGAUGCAAUUGUUACAACAGUCUGUUGAAACUGAAAAAGCUGAGGAAGCUAUCAUUGGGAAAGACAAUUUUUCUAGAUUAAAAGGAGCUUUUGGUAACCCUGUUGUAAGGAGGGGACUUUAUGCUGGAAUUACAGUUCAAGUGGCUCAACAGUUUGUGGGUAUCAACACUGUCAUGUAUUACAGUCCAUCCAUAGUUCAAUUCGCUGGAUUUGCUUCAAAGAGCACAGCUCUAGCUCUCUCCCUGGUGACUUCCGGCCUCAAUGCAGUUGGCUCUAUUGUUAGUAUGGCCUUUGUUGAUCGAUCUGGAAGAAGGAGACUUAUGAUCAUCUCAAUGUUUGGAAUCAUUUCUAGCCUUGUUGUGUUAGCUGCAGUGUUUUGGCAAGCCUCAGUUCAUGCUCCUUCUAUUAGCCCAUUGGAAACAUCUCACUUUGGCAACAACAGUACAUGUCCAGCUUACUCCAAAGCUGCAAAUCCAGCAAAAUGGAACUGCAUGUCAUGCUUGAAAGUAAAAUGUGGCUUCUGCGCACAUAACGGAAAUGAACACCUUCCUGGAGCAUGUUUGCUUGAUGACAAGUUAAAUGAGGACAAAUGUGGUGGAGAGCACCGUACAUAUUUUAAGGAUGGCUGUCCAAGUAAAUUUGGGAUCCUUGCAGUCAUCCUCCUUGGCUUAUACAUUAUAGUUUACUCACCAGGGAUGGGAACAGUUCCAUGGAUUGUCAACUCUGAGAUUUAUCCAUUGAGAUACAGAGGUAUAGGUGGAGGCAUUGCUGCAGUUGCUAACUGGACAUCGAAUCUCAUUGUCAGCUUGACCUUCUUAACUCUUACUGAAGCUCUUGGUUCCGCCGGUACUUUCCUUUUAUUCGCCGGAUUUUCCACCAUAGGACUCGUUGCCAUUUACUUCUUGGUACCGGAAACUAAAGGAUUGCAAUUUGAAGAAGUUGAGAAAAUGCUUGAGCAUGGCUAUAGACCUGGCUUGUUCAAGAGAAAACCCGAGGAUGUUCAGGGUUGUGCUUAGCCUUACUUCUUUCCUUAAUAAGUUACUAAAAUUGCCCAUUCAACCCAUUUUAAUUGGUCAUAUGAAUGAGCAUAGUGUCUAGUUGGCUUUAGUGUAUGUGAUUAAUAGUCUAAUAUUUGAUUUUUGAGAGACACAGUCAGGCUCGAGUUUUAUUCAAUCUAACAUGGUAUCCUAUAUUUUAUUAAACAAUAUUCUUGUUGAUCA